AAGUUCGUAUUGAUUCUGCUGAUUUUAAUCAAGCAACAACAGAAAAGUAUUUUUAGCCAGCCAAGCUUAUCGAGUUGAGAAAAUCUUGCAUAUGAUGUGUGUGUGUGUGUGCAUUCGCUUUGGUUCUCAUCGACGGGCCGUCUCCUGUCAGUAUUGUUUACCAAUCAAAUCAUGCUACAAUCCCGCAAUGGCAAGCAUACCGGGAGAUAAUUCGAAUAUUUGCCGAUUUUGUUUGUGCCAGGAGGAGAAGCAACUGAUGCUCAUUUCAAGAACGUUGCACCCUUCCCUAACAAUCGAGGAUGUACGAAGGUUCACUGGCAUUCAGAAACUCCCCGACGACGCAAACGGGCUCGCGAUAUGUUUCGAAUGUUUGGGUAGUCUUAAGAAAUCUGCCGACUUCCGGUACGCCUGCAUACGCAAUGAUUCCACCUUCCGUCAGCUGAGCGCGGAAGCAGCUGCUUGUAGGAAAGGGAAUCCGACGAAACCCGUGGACCACAGUGAACAAAUAGUCUCUGCGGAUCCUCUGGAGUUAAAAUUUGAGAUUAUUUACCACGAAGAAGAUAGUUUGGAACCGGUCGAUGAGGACCAACUCGUACGCAGCAUUGUCAAUGAAAGUUUCUGUGCCGAUGGCGCAACACAAGGGGCAGCCGAGGAGGCGUAUUCAGCGAACCACAUCGAACUAGGUGAACCGAUGUCAGACGCUAACGAGGAGAACGAUGCGUUUGAAUCACAUAGGAUAAUGAAUUACCGUGCUGGGACGGAUUCGCUUAAUACUAGGCGAACUAGAAAACCCCGGAAACGAAAGCCACCGAACGGUGAACCGGAGGAUUUGCCAUCUUCAUCUGUCGAAGGAAAGGUUCGCAAAAAGUACGACCGUCGGAAAGUGCUGUGCCAUUUAUGUGGCAAAACGGUAGCCGAUAUUUCGGUUCACCUUGUAAGUCAUAAACAAGAAGCAAAUCACCAGUGUCCUCACUGCCCAACUAAAAUGACACACCCCAGCAACUUGCUGCGUCACGUCGAGUCCGUGCACAUGAAAAAGAUAAUAAAAACCUGUGCAUUGUGCGGCGAAGGGUUUAAACACAUGAGUGUCUAUACGGGGCACAUGCUCACGAAACACAACAUCGGAAAAACGUACAAAUGCGAAUUGUGCUCGCAAGUGUUCAAGUAUCCUGGCAACUUGAGAGAGCAUAGGAAAAGAAAGCAUUCCACUGGCAGCGAAUGUGUGUGUCCUAUUUGUGGCAUGAUGUUUAACGACCGGGGUGUAUUAAAAAGACACGCAGCGGUACACUCAACGGACACACCGUACCAUUGCAAGCACUGCCCCAAACAGUUCAAAAGCGGUGAAGCUAAAAAAGCGCAUGAGCUGACACACAGUGGCGUCAAAUUUGACUGCAAGUUCUGCAAUAAGUCCUAUCGGUACAGAACGCAGCUCUGUACACACGUUACACGAACUCACCGGAUUAAAGUGGAGGAAAAUUCGUCAGCGAGUGACUAAGUACUUAAGGGAAUAUCUCUAGGGUGGUGUAUGCUGUACGAUCAUUUAUGAAUAUUGGUACAACGCACUACAUCAAAGCAAAACUAAGAUAAUAUCCUUUGCAAUCCGAACAAACCUAAUGUUGAAUCGGUUGAUAUGAACACCGGAGGAUUUGGCAGCCUAGCAGUUCUCGAGCAGUAAUGCCGACGUUACGCCACUACGCGGACAUGCCGGCCUAUACAGGCUUUCGAGACGUCACUAGGCUCAGCUACAGAGUUGGUCGGAAAAUGGAUGAUCGCAACUACGUAUCCCGUUUUUAUCAACUCUGUCUGCAAACCUAUUCUGGUCCUGGAAUGUUUACUCGUUCGGGAGCAUGAAAGAAGUAAACUUGGCAGCAUCUACACAAUGAUUUCUGUAUUUCAAUUCACAAAUCCACGCGUUGUUCUUCCAACCUUUUCACUAUUCGGCAAUUCACUAUAUGGCAAUAAAUAUUACCAGCUCCUUCA